CGCGUUUUCGGAAAGAUUGUCCUUUAUGCGGUUUCCGUACCCACGUUGACUAGCAUAACAGGCAAGCGUGAAAUAUUUCUUCGUAUUUAUUUGUAUAUAUUUUUAAAGAAAACGAUGUAACUGCAGACGGUGCAGUCGUGUUUUUCUUAACAGCAUGAGAAAUACUGAAGAAGAUCUGGAGAAAUAGAGAGGAGAGAGCAGCAUAUCCUGCUCAACUGUAGUAAAGUUAAUCUCUUACCUCACAAACAUGUUUCCAGAAUUGAACAGUAUUCUCAAUUCCACUCCAGACAGUUUCAAAUCGAGUGACUUUAUCCUAGUGUCAGACAGACGAGCUGAUGCAUCAUUCCUUAUUCAUCACUAUCUGUCUUUCUAUUUACGUGCUGGCUGCAAGGUGUGUUUUCUGGGUCUUGUGCAGUCCUUCAGUCACUACAGUGCUGUCAGUCAGAGGCUGGGAGUGAGUCUGGCACAGGCAAGAGAGAAGGGUCAGCUCGUGUUUCUUGAAGGACUGAAGGAUUCUGUUGGAGUUUUAUUACAGGAGGACACCAGUCAGGAGACACAACCUUUGAGUUAUGUCAGGUCCCCAGGUGCUGGACUGGAAGGUCUGUUCAGAUUUGUGGAAUGUUCUAUGCGUCAGAGUGGAGAUGGUGAUGCUGGUGAAUCAUGGGGUCCUCCAGUGUUACUCAUAGAUGAUCUCAGUGUGCUCCUGAGUUUAGGUGUUAGUGUUGGAGCAAUACUAGACUUUACCCUCUACUGCCAAGCCACCAUGUGCUCUGAGUUGCAGGGAAAUAUGGUAAUUCUGGUGAGAUGUGAGGAGGAGGAUGCAGAUGAUGUUGAUGAAGAGGGAUCAAACCUGCUUCAGAGGGGACUAGUUCAUCAGUGUAACUUGGCUUUACAUGUAGAGGGGUUACCCACGGGCUACUGCAGGGACAUACAUGGGCAGAUGGAGGUUUGGUGGAGACAGAGAGGAGAGAACAUCUACAACCAACGAAAAAUAUUUCACUUUAAAGUUCACGAUAAAGGAGCAUCGUUUUUUGCUCGAGGGACUUCUAGUGCUGUUCUCUAAGUUUUCAAAUGAAUAUAUAAGUUUUCACAUUGAAUCUCUUACUGAACUAAUGUCAUUAUUUAGUUUGUUAUAUAUAAAUACAUAUAUUUAAUACAUCACCAGUUGCCGUUGAUUUGUUCACUUGUUUGCAUUACUUGCUGAGAUAACUUAGUGUACAAAUAUAAUGGGUGCUUGUAAACGUACCAACAUGUAUACAUGUACAUCAAGAGCUGGAACAAUGAUGCUAGUUGAUGUCAUUGUUUAAAGAGACACAAAAACAAAGAAGAGCUCAAGGAAAAUCCAUACUUAUAAAUAAUAUUUGAUUUCUCACUGAAUGUGAGCUAAAAUACAAUUUCACCAUACGUUUGAAGACAAAUGCACAAGUUUUUAUUCUUCU